CUUUUCUCAUUUCUCUUAAUAUUGUUUGUAUAUCAAUUAUCCUCCAAUUUGCAUCAAAUACAUGACGCUCCUGUGAUGAACCUGGGACGUGUUGAUAACUUUAAUGAUUCUAAUUAUAUUAUUGUGUUUGCUCCUGAGUCUGAAACCACCCAUGAGAUAAUGAACAAAGUGGCCUCAGCUCCAUUCAUGAAAGGAAGAACGAUCGUGGCGUGUCCUGAUGAAAAAUCCAUGAACGAACUAGAUUUAAAUUAUUCAAUAGAUGCAGUGAGAGUCAUCUUCAAGGAUACUUUCUCAUAUCAUUUGAAAUUUUCUUGGGGUCAGCGGAUCCCUAAAACGAAAGAACACAAAGACCAUUCAGCUCCUUGUGAACUACUUAACAACAAAAUGAUUUGUGAAAAUUCAGUCUUCUGGGAAAAAGGCUUUGUAGCCUUUCAAGCUGCCAUCAACGCCGGGAUCAUAGAGAUGACAACAAACCACUCUGUGAUGGAAGAGCUGAUGUCAGUUAUUGGUUCAAAUAUGAAGAUGCCUCCUUUUAUCGCCCAAGGAGGCGUUGCAACUGAUUUUUUAAUUUUCUUCUGUGUUAUUUCAUUUUCUUCACUUAUAUACUAUUUAUCGGUCAACAUUACCCAAGAAAGACAGUACAUCACAACACUAAUGGUGAUGAUGGGACUUCGAGAGUCGGCUUUCUGGCUUUCCUGGGGUCUGAUGUAUGCUGGCUUUAUCCUUGUCGUGGCUACUUUGAUGUCUCUUAUUGUGAAAUCUGCCCAAGUUGUCGUCUUAACUGGUUUCAUGGUGGUGUUCCUUCUGUUUUUCCUUUAUGGCCUGUCUUUGAUAACUUUAUCUUUCCUCAUGAGUGUGUUGUUAAAGAAACCAUUUCUUACUGGCUUGGCUGUCUUCCUCCUUACCGUCUUCUGGGGAAGUCUGGGAUUCACAGCAUUAUACAAACAUCUUCCCGCCUUUAUGGAAUGGACUUUGUGUUUUCUUAGCCCCUUUGCCUUUACCACUGGAAUGGCCCAGCUUAUACACUUGGACUACGAUGUGAAUUCUAAUGUAAAUUUGAACUCUCCAAGCAACUCGUACCUGGUUGUGGCCACCCUCUUCAUGUUGGUUUUGGAUGUUCUUCUCUAUUUGGCACUAGCAUUGUAUUUUGACAAAAUUACACUCAGUAAGUACGGACAUCAAAGGUCUCCACUGUUUUUCCUGAAGUCGUCUUACUGGUUUCAACACAGAGGAGCUAACCAUGUGGUCCUUGAGAAUGAAAUAGACUCUGACCCUUCACUGAAUGACUCGUUGGAACCAGUGUCUCCAGAAUUCCAGGGGAAAGAAGCCAUCAGGAUCAAAAAUCUUAAAAAAGAAUACCCAGGAAAGCAUGGAAAAGUCGAAGCCUUAAGAGGUCUGGGAUUUGACAUAUAUGAAGGCCAGAUCACUGCCCUCCUUGGUCAUAGUGGAGCUGGGAAGACCACCCUGAUAAAUACACUCAGUGGCCUGUCACCCCCUACUACAGGUUCUGUCACCAUUUAUAACCAGACAGUUUCAGAGAUGGAGGACUCUGAUGCUGUCAUCAAGCUCACGGGAGUUUGUCCACAAUCCAAUGUACAGUUUGGGUUUCUCACCGUUCGAGAAAACCUCAGGCUUUUUGCCAAGAUAAAGGGAAUUCUGCCACACGAAGUGGAGCAAGAGGUACAACAAGUUUUACGGGACUUAGAAAUGGAAAAUAUUCAAGACAUUCUUGCUCAGAAUUUAAGUGGAGGACAAAAAAGGAAGCUGACUUUUGGGAUCGCCAUUUUAGGAGACCCCCAGGUUUUGCUACUGGAUGAACCAACCGCUGGGUUGGAUCCACUCUCGAGGCAUCGCAUAUGGAACCUACUGAAAGAGAGGAGACUAGACAGAGUAAUUGUCUUCAGUACUCAGUUCAUGGAUGAGGCUGAUAUCCUGGCUGACAGGAAGGUGUUUAUAUCCAAUGGGAGACUGAGGUGUGCAGGCUCUUCUCUGUUCCUGAAGAAGAAAUGGGGUAUUGGCUAUCACCUAAGUUUGCAUUUGAAUGAAACAUGUGAUCCAGAGAGUAUAACGUCAUUGGUCAGAAAACACAUCCCUGAUGCCAAGCUGACCGCACAAAACGAAGAACGGCUUGUCUAUAUCUUGCCCCUGGAAAGGACAAACAAGUUUCCAGAUCUUUACUGGGAUCUUGAUAGAUGUUCUAACCAAGGCAUUGAGGAUUAUGGCGUUUCCAUGACAACCCUGAAUGAGGUGUUCCUGAAGUUAGAAGGGAAGACAAUGGCUGAUGAAUCGGAUGUUGGCAUUUGUGGGCGCUUACAAAGCGAUGGGGCAAAAGACGUGGAAAGCCUUGUAGAGCUGGAGCGAGUGUUGUCUCUAGAUCUGUCAGGAAGCUCAGUCAGUGGCAUGGCGCUGUGGAGGCAGCAGCUCUGCGCCAUUGCGAAGGUUCGCUUCCUCAAGCUCAAGAAUGAACGAAAAAGUCUGAUGACCGUGUUAUUGCUUUUUGGCCUUAGCUUUAUCCCUCAACUUUUGGAGCAUCUAGUCUACAAGGUAGACCACAAAGAUUACUCAUGGGGGCUAUCUCCGAGUAUGUAUUUCCUUUCACCAGGACAGCCACCACAGGAUCCUCUGACCCACUUACUGGUCAUCAAUAAAACAGGUUUAAGCAUUGAUAACUUUGUACAUUCACUAAGACAGCAGGGCAUAGCAUUAGACAUGGAUGCCCUGGGGACCAGAAAUGGCACAGAAGAGGCGCUGUACAAUGGUGCUAUCACGGUGCUGGGUGAUGAAAAGGGUCUCAGAUUUUCCGUCGCGUGUAACGCCAGAAGACUAAACUGCUUUCCAGUCCUCAUGGAUAUUAUUAGCAAUGGGCUGCUUGGAAUCUUUAACUCUUCAGAACGCAUUCGGACUGACAGAAGCACAGUCUUCGAAGAGCACAUGCUUUAUGAGUAUGGAUUCAUGAGCAACGCAUUUUUCUGGAUACCGGUGGCUGCCAGCCUCACGCCUUACAUUGCGAUGGGCAGCAUCAGUGACCACAAAAAAAAAGUUCUUUCCCAGCUGUGGACUUCAGGCCUUUCCCCAUCUGCUUACUGGUGUGGUCAGGCUCUGCUGGACAUCCCCAUAUACUUCCUCAUCCUCCUUCUCAUGCAAAUAAUGGACAGUGUUUUCAGUUCAGAAGAGAUUAUGUCUGUGAUUGAGAGCCUGUUGAUUCAAAUCCCAUGUAGUAUUGGAUAUGCAUCAUCUCUCAUAUUCUUGACUUAUGUGAUUUCAUUCAUUUUUCGUAAUGGCAGAAAAAACAGUGGCCUCUGGUCAUUUUUCUUCCUAAUUGUCACCAUCUUCUUCAUCAUUGCUACCGACAUAAAUGAGUAUGGCUUUCUAGAGCUACUGUUCUGUACCCUUUUAGUACCCCCCUUCACACUGAUUGGCUCGCUAUUGAUUUUUUCUGAGGUUUCUUAUGACUCUGUGGAUUACUUAGGAGCGUCACAAUCUCAACUUGUAUUUCUGGCAUUGUUGAUACCUUACCUUCAUUUUCUUCUUUUCUUUUUCGUUCUUCGAUGUCUGGAGAGAUACCUCAGGAAGAAGUCACUGAGAGUGGACCCUGUGUUCAGAAUUUCUCCGAGAAGCUGUCGUGCUUUUCCAAACCCAGAAGAGCCUGGAGAAGAGGAUGAAGAUGUUCAGAUGGAAAGAGUGAGAACAACAGGUGCCAUGGCUACCCUACAGACGGAUGAGAAACCAGUCAUCAUUGCAAGCUGUCUGCGGAAGGAAUAUACAGGCAAAACGAAAUGGUGCUUUUCCAAAACGAAGAAAAAGAUUGCCAUAAGGAACAUCUCCUUCUGUGUUAAAAAAGGUGAAGUUCUAGGGCUCUUAGGACACAAUGGAGCUGGCAAAAGUACGACGAUUAGUAUGAUAACAGGAGACACAAUACCAACCGCAGGGCAGGUAUUUUUGAAAGGGAGUGUUGGGGGUGCUGCCCUGGGGUUCUUGGGGUACUGUCCUCAGGAGAACGUGCUGUGGCCCAUCCUGACGGUGAAGGAACAUCUGGAGUUAUAUGCUGCUGUGAAAGGACUGAAGAAAAAGGAUGCUGUGGUCACCAUCACACGGUUGGUGAAUGCCCUCAAACUGCAGGAUCAUUUGAAGGCUCUCGUCAAGACCCUGCCAGAGGGAGUGAAGAGAAAGCUUUGUUUCCUGCUGAGCAUCCUGGGAAACCCUUCUGUGGUGCUUCUGGAUGAGCCAUCAACUGGGAUGGAUCCUGAAGGGCAGCAGCAAAUGUGGCAGGCGAUCCGGGCAACUUUUACAAACACAGAGCGGGGCGCCCUCCUGACCACCCAUUACAUGGCAGAGGCAGAGGCUGUAUGUGACCGUGUGGCCAUCAUGGUGUCUGGGAGACUGAGGUGUAUUGGUUCUAUCCAACAUCUAAAGAGCAGAUUUGGCAAAGAUUACCUGCUGGAGAUGAAGGUGAAGAGCCCGGCACAGGUGGAGUCCCUGAACACGGAGAUCAUGAGGCUCUUCCCCCAGGCUGCUCGGCAGGAAAGGUACUCCUCUCUGAUGGUCUAUAAGUUGCCUGUUGAGGAGGUACGACCUUUAUCUGAGGCUUUCUUCAAACUGGAGAGAUUGAAAGAGAACUUUGACCUGGAGGAGUACAGCCUCUCACAGUCCACUCUGGAGCAGGUCUUUCUGGAGCUCUCCAAGGAGCAGGAGCUGGACGAUUUUGAUGAGGAAGCAAAUUCCUCAGUGAAGUGGAAGCUCCUCCCACAGGAAGAAGCUUAAAGUUCGAAAUACUGUCUGUAUCUUCAGGCUCACAUCCUCCUUAAAGGCAGUAUUUAAAAGCAUCAAUGUGCCUUACUUAACUCAAAUGUAGCACUAAGUGUUUUUGAAACUCAUGUCAGAUUUUGGUUUUGGUGAUGGCCAAUGUGGAGAACACGCAGCCAGUCUGUGCUCAAUCAAGUCACAUUGCACUCAGUGUGGCAUUUUAAACUGCAUUUGUAAUAGUAUUGAUGCUUCCGAGCACGCUAAAGAGAAGGAUUGAUUUUCUUCGCCCGAACGUCAAAACAUUAACUAUUUUCUUUCCUUCGUGUCUAGCUAAGGUAUAAUGUAAACAAUAUUGAUUUUAGGGAGAAGAGAAUCAAUUGAUUUCCCAACAGCAGAGUACUUGUUUUUCUGUAACUCACCUUGACCUGCUUAUCAUUCACUGGCUCUUCUUUACUCACAGUUUGCAGACUCUGGGAUACGGAGAAGUGUUUCGUCCAUUGUGACUGCAAAAGCAACCUUAAACUGGUGGGAGGCAAACACUUGCAACCAUUAAAUGACUGACUACAUAUUUGCAUUUGAAUCUGAAACAGUUCUGAAAUUUUGAUUUAUAAAAAGUGAUGCAGGCCGGGCAGUGGUGGUGCACUCCUUUAAUCCCAGGACUUGGGAGGCAGAGG